GCCAUAAAGUCAAGAUAACGUAUUGAUAUGAUAGCCAUGAAAAUAACAUAAGGAAGUGUAAUGUCCCUGCUUCCAAUUAAAUCCACUAGUCUGUGACACAAUGUACUCUAUCUUUCCUGCUGGCGUGCUGUCUUGGAUCAUUCUGUUUUAUGAGGGGGUUAUCGUCUUUGUGCAGAUGGAGAUACAAGUCUCAACAGGACCCAGGUGGGAAGCAGAUGUAGCACAGGCUACACAGGAUCGCAUUCAUCACGGACAAAGGUGAACUUGGCCAAUAAGCACUAGUCUGCACUACUGAACAGGAAUGUCCAUGAAGAGGGGUGCUCUCACAUUUGUCUGUGAGGUUUAUCUCGAUGGACACAGAUUUAUUUUACCUUUAUUUAACCAGGCAAGUCAAUUCUUAUUUUCAAUGACGGCCUAGGUGGGUUAACUGCCUGUUCAGGGGCAGAAUGACAGAUUUGCACCUUGUCAGCUCGGGAGGUUGAACUUGCAACUUUCCGGUUACUAGUCCAACGCGCUAACCACUAGGCUACCUGGCUACCCUGAAGGCCAAGAUGGAAUGUGCAGGAAGAGAAGAGGGGGGUGGAGACAUGGAUGACACCCUUCUCUUGGCAAGACCUCAGUGUGGGGGAGGGGACAUACUGACUGCCAAAAAGUAUAUGAGCAGGAUGAGGACUACAGUGGCUUUGCUGUGCCUGGUGGCUCUUUCUGCAGCACAGAAGAGGAGGAGAACUGAACAGAACUCAGAAUGGGACUACAGGACAGAGGCAGAGAAGGUAAACACUAGAGGCUGUGCCAACCUCACCCUGGUGUUGGACAACUGGAAGUUUGCCAUCAUGACCCAAGUCAAAGACCUUCUCCUCAACGACCACAGCACUGUGCUGCCUGACUACGGGAGGAUCCCUCCUCUAUCGGAUGCCUUAGGAGACCUCUACAAGGAAUUCAAUGCCCUGAAGGAGCGCCUGGGGGAGCUGACCACCAAGUUUGAGGGCGUCGAGGCAUUCGUGGAUGACGUGAGGGCAGGAAGAAGCCCUUCCCAGAGAAGAGCAGAGCCCCGCCCACUGACACCAGACGAGGAGAACCAGAGCACCAUGCUGACCGGAACUGGAGACGGAACCGGUAUCAGCACUGGUACUAGACCACAGGGACGCAGGAACCGGGUGGUGGUCCGGAGAGUCAAGAUACCUGCUGAUGGUGCCCAGGUCUAAGGGAUUGGACUGUGACCACAAACUUAAAUACACUCUCCACCUUAAACUCAGUGGUGAAAAUGACACUCUUUCUCUCUAAGCACUCAAGAAUUAUAAAAAUAAUGAGCUGGCUAUACAGUAAAAAUGUAAUGCUUUCCCCAUUCCGUCAAUGAACUCAAAUUGUGGGAGACCAGUUGUAAAUAUUAUUUAGCUAUUUCUCAUUUUUACACAAAAUGUUGGUGAGAAUGUUAACCUGUGGAUGAAUCUGAUAACCUCUUUGUCGAUAGGUGGCGCCACAGUGUAUCCAAUGACUAUAUUACAAGUUUGUGCCUUGCUUCAAUAGGGUUUCCUGUGAGGGCUUGAUUGAUCAUUUGAUAUUUUACAUUACAGUCAUUUAUCAUGUGUUGUUUUAAUCAGAUUAUUGUCUGAUUGUACUAUUGUAUUGGCCUAUCAUCACAGUUUCACAUCUGCAUAUGAAUUAUAUUAUUGAUAUAAUUUUUUUUGAUCUGUAAAUUAUAUAAAUCUUUAACCUAUUGAGCUUUUCUUCAAAGAAUGAAGUUACCCCUAGGCACAGAUCUGGAAUCAGCAUUUUACCUGAACAUAGGCAUAGGCCUACAUGUAUUAGGGGUGCCAAGCAUAUCCUAGAUCCGCGCCUCCUUCUCCUUCAUAAUAAAGGUAUUCUGGUUUA